AUGAAACUCCGCGCAGCGGCCAGAGAGGAUUUGGGCGCUGCUGGUAGCGCUUCUUCCGCCGCCGCGCUCUCUUCCCUCUUCUCGGACCUGGAGCCCCGCCAGCCUCCGCAGGACUACUGCGGGUGGAAAGGUUUAGGGGAGGGGGGCAGCGGAUCUGAGGCUGUGCCCCGCGCCGCCCCAAGCCUUGGAGGGCAGACCCGCAGCCCCGGCAGCGCGGCCCCCGUGGACCUGGCCUACGCCCGGCCGCCUCCGUGGCUGGUGCGCUCCUGCCUUUCCGCAGAGGCUGGCUCCUCCUCCUCCUCCUCCUCCUCCUCGUCGUCGUCCCCCCACUCUUCCAAGCAGGAGCUGCAGCCUUACUCGGGCUCCAGCCCGCUCAAGCCCAACCAAGUUGGGGAGACCUCCUUGUACGGGGUGCCCAUCGUCUCGCUGGUGAUCGACGGGCAGGAGCGCCUGUGCCUGGCGCAGAUCUCCAACACGCUGCUCAAGAACUACAGCUACAAUGAGAUCCACAACCGUCGGGUGGCGCUGGGCAUCACCUGCGUGCAGUGCACCCCGGUGCAGCUGGAGAUCCUGCGGCGGGCCGGGGCCAUGCCCAUCUCCUCGCGGCGCUGCGGCAUGAUCACCAAGCGCGAAGCCGAGUCCUUCCUGGGGGAGCUCAAGCCGCCCAAGCUGCCGGAGAACUUCGCCUUCGACGUGGUGCACGAGUGCGCCUGGGGCUCCCGGGGCAGCUUCAUCCCCGCCCGCUACAACAGCUCGCGGGCCAAGUGCAUCAAGUGCAGCUACUGCAGCAUGUACUUCUCGCCCAACAAGUUCAUCUUCCACUCGCACCGCACCCCGGAGGCCAAGUACACGCAGCCCGACGCCGCCAACUUCAACUCUUGGCGCCGCCACCUCAAGCUCAGCGACAAGACGGCCACGGAUGAGCAGCUACCUCUCGGCCUUCCGCCCCGUCGUGAAGGACGCGGAGAGCAUCGCCAAGCUCUACGGGACUCGGGACGCCUACGCCGCCGCCGGCCCGCACGGCUGCCCGGGCUACCUCUCGCCGGACUUCCUCAGCGAGCCGGGGACGAGGAGCGCUCCGGGGACGAGGCCUUGCUCCCGCCCCUGCCCUUGCCGCGGAAAGGCAGCUACCUCUCGGCCUUCCGCCCCGUCGUGAAGGACGCGGAGAGCAUCGCCAAGCUCUACGGGACUCGGGACGCCUACGCCGCCGCCGGCCCGCACGGCUGCCCGGGCUACCUCUCGCCGGACUUCCUCAGCGAGGGCAGCUCCAGCUACCGCUCCCUCUCGCCGGGCAACGACACGGUGGACGAGCCCGAGGUGGACGUGGAGUCCAACCGCUUCGCGGAGGACGAGGAGGAGGAGGAGGAGGAGGAGGAAGAGGAGCCUCUCCAGGGGGAAGCGGCGGAGGGGGCGGCCUCGCCUCCUCCGCCUCCGCCUCCGGCGUCGCUGCUCUUGCCCGCGGGGGCGGCGGCGGAGGCGGCCCUGGCAGCGCUGGGCAGCGGGGAGAAGCCUGCGGAGAAGACCGUGGAGCCCGAGGCCGCGCCCGCGGAGAGGAGCGGCAGCCGGGGCGAGUACGAGGUGUACCCGCCCCCAGACCGGGAAGACUGUCCGCAGAUUCUCAAAGGCAACCCUCCCUUGGCCACCGCGUACCUCUGCACCCCGGACAGGAACGACCCAGAUAAAGAAGACAAUCACUCGACAGCUGAGGAUUUGGAGAGCAAGAAAUCCUAUCAGAACCAAAGGAGCGCCUCCCAGUCCAGCCCAGCUCACGCCGAGCGAGGUGAUGAGGUCGUCAGCAUUGACGUUACUGGAACUCAAUUGGGGGAGAAGGACAUUGGGAGUCUGGCAAGAGAUGAGUUGCAAAAACUCCUUUUGGAGCAGAUGGAGCUCAGGAAAAAACUGGAGCGGGAAUUCCAAAGUCUCAAAGAUAACUUCCAAGACCAGAUGAAGAGGGAGCUGGCCUACCGCGAGGAAAUGGUGCAGCAGCUGCAGAUCGUGCGCGAGGCCCACGACGCGCUCCACCAUUUCUCCUGCAAGAUGCUGACUCCGCGCCACUGCACCGGGACCUGCUCCUUCAAGCCCCCCUUGCUGCCCCAGUGAGCUCCCUCGCCCCCCCCAACGGGCCGGGCCCGGCCGAGGAAGCCGCCGCCGCCGCCGCCGUCCAGCUCGCGAGCGCUCUCACCAGGAAAGCCUGGGCAAGGCAGGCGCGCCGGCGACACAAGCCGCGCCCGCAUCAGCCAGAGACACGUGUAAAUAACCCGAAGAGAGCUGCGCUCCUCUUGCUCCGCCGCCGUGUACAGAGAGGUGGCCUCCGGUGGCUUCGCCGAUCGGAUCGGAACCGCAAGCAGAGUCCAAGACUUCCGACAGGACGGAGAGCUGUGGGGGCGGGGGCGGGGGCGGCCGAAGGGCCCCGGGCCCUCCCGUGUCCCCAUCCCUCCCUCCAACAUUGGGCCGGCCUCCGGCCCUCCUCCUCGUCCCCCUUUUUGCGUCCCCCUCUUUCCACCCUUGGGCAGACUUGGAAGGGGGAGGGGGGCCACCUGAGUGGCCAUGUGCAAUGGAUAGAAGCGUACUGUGAGUUUUCUCCUCGUCCCGUAUUCGUUAAAAGUUUUUCUCAAAAAAAUAUUUAUUUCCUGGUUUAUUUAUGACGUAGUAUUUAUUUAUUUUUCCCACUUUGUAAACUGUGGAUGUAUAACAGCACUUUAAAGACGCAGCCGGUCAAGGACAAUUUGCAUCUCAAAAACCAUUCUCCCGCUCCACCCCAGGGGUAAAACUUCAAAGGACCAGAUUCUGGGUUGCAGUGGUUGUUCCCGGAGAAAACUCCGAUCUUCUGUCAGGUGAAUUUUUGUUUGUUUGUUUCGCAUUGGGUUUUUUUCUUUUUCUUUGCCGCUUUGUCC